CUUGAUUAUUAAAAUACUAUUAACCAAUUACCACGAAGCACCCCACUUUACCGGCAUGGCUACCUUCGCUCCGGCAUCAUCAGGAGUACUGGACGCUUCAGGCCUCAUAACCAUGAUCAUAUCCUCAGCGCCAAACUCCAUGACGCACCGCAGAAACUGCGCGCAACUGGCGGAGCAUGUGAACCUCGUAGGGAACCUUUUAGAGAAGCUGAAAUCUACGGACCUGGUAACGUUGCCCGCUGUAAAAGAACCGUUGGAUGGGCUGGAGGAGGUGUUAAAGAAAGCACUUGAUUUGGUUGAGAGUUGCCAGGAGAAAAGCUGUCUCUACAUGCUUGCUAUCGGAUGGAGCGCAGUUUAUCAGUUCCGGCAAGUUCACGUGGAGAUCGAUCGGAGUCCGAAAGUCGUUCCUUUGAUUUCACUUGUUCAUGAAUUCCGGAUGCAGAAUUUGGAGGCAUUGGAGGCCAUCGAACAGGACCAAAGGGAGUACACUCUCGACGAAGAGGAAGUAGAAGCACAGAGUGCGAUUCUAAUACAUUAGGAGGGCUACCAAAACUGAUUAGCUUCUUCAACAGUGGUAAUUGCAGCGGCAUCUCACUUUUCAACGAUAAGGUACUUAAUUCAUUUCCUUUAUUUUAUUUCAUUUUUUUGUUUCUUUGCGGAAGAGUAAUUAGAAAAUAUAAAAAAUUAAUCUCAUU